CAUCGAUAUUCAUGAAAGACCAUUCUCCCUUAGAGACAGAUGAACUGAGCACCCAGGCUCUUGCCGUAGUAUAUGAGCAGAGCACUUUGCGUUAGAUGAGGCGAGAGUGUAAGAAAGUGUAAUGAAUGAUCGUCACGAGGCCACAAUAUCAAUGCAGUCCGAUAUUGGUCAUGUCGCCUUAAAGUCAUACAACAUACAGACCGAACAUGGGUACACCGACAUAUGCACAAUGUGCUCGUUGAUUCUGCCGGUGACUCAGUCCCCGCUUGCACAAAACACCAACCACCGACCGGGACAGGAAGGCUCCAGACGGAUUGUAAGCUGCGCCGGAGCAACGCAACAGGAGGCUUAGAUCAUCACUGCAGGUAAAGAAGCAGUCAGGCUCGCUGGAAACUGGCAAGGCUCUCUCACAGUCAGCUGAGCUGUGUUUGAAUAGCACCGUGAAUCUAUUAUAGUUCCGG